AGGGUACCCAGGGACUUCCGAAGCGCUACCGGAACCGGAAGCAUCGGGACUUAGGGGGGUGGGGCUGAAAAAUCAAAAAAAGCGCCGCGAAAGUUGGAGGCUGGUGCCGGCAGGGUGGUAGUGGCCCCCAGGUGGGGUUGUGGCGAGUGCCAAUGGACUCCACCGCCUGCCUGAAGUCCUUGCUCCUGACCAUCAGUCAGUAUAAAGCCGUUAAGUCGGAGGCGAAUGCCACCCAGCUUUUGCGGCACUUGGAGGUAAUUUCUGGGCAGAAGCUCACACGAUUGUUUACACCAAAUCAGAUACUACCAAGCGAAUGCUUGAGCUGCCUUGUGGAGCUACUUGAAGACCCAAGCAUAAGUGCACCACUGGUCUUAAGUAUCAUCAGCUUGCUGUCUCAACUAGCUGUAGACAAUGAAACCAGAGACUGUCUUCAGAACACAUACAACCUGAAUAGCGUGCUGGCAGGAAUGGUUUGUCGGGGCAGCACUUGCCAUGGUGAUUCAGUGUUUUUGCAGUGCAUUCAACUUCUACAAAGAUUAACAUAUAACAUCAAAAUUCUCCAUUCUGGUGCCAAUAUAGAUGAGUUAAUUACAUUCCUGAUAGAUCAUAUUCAGUCUCCUGAAGAUGAGUUAACAAUGCCUUGUCUAGGAUUAUUGGCAAAUCUUUGUCGACACAAUCUUUCUGUUCAAACAUACAUAAAGACUUUGAAUACUGUGAAAUCUUUUUAUCGAACUCUUAUAAGCUUCCUGGCCCAUAGUAGUUUAACUGUGGUUGUGUUUGCACUUUCAAUAUUGUCCAGUUUGACAUUAAAUGAAGAGGUUGGCGAAAAGCUGUUCCAUGCUCGAAACAUUCAUCAGACUUUUCAGCUAAUAUUUAAUAUUCUCAUAAACGGUGAUGGCACACUUACUAGGAAGUAUUCAGUUGAUCUAUUGAUGGAUCUCCUUAAGAAUCCCAAAAUUGCUGAUUAUCUUACCAGGUAUGAGCACUUUUCUUCAUGUCUCAAUCAAGUAUUAGGUCUUCUUAAUGGAAAGGAUCCUGAUUCUUCUUCAAAGGUUUUAGAAUUACUUCUUGCCUUCUGUUCAGUGACUCAGCUGCGCCAUGUGCUCACUCAGAUGAUAUUUGAGCAGUCUCCAUCUGGCAACACCAUUCUGGGAAGCCGUUCUAAAUGUUUAGAUCCUACUGUGGCUCUACUUCGUUGGUCAAGCCAACCUCUGGAUGGAUCAGAAAACUGUUCUAUUUUAGCUUUGGACUUGUUCAAGGAAAUAUUUGAGGAUGUUGUAGAUACUGCUAACUGCUCCUCAGCUGACCGAUUUGUGACCCUUCUACUGCCUACAAUCCUUGAUCAACUUCAAUUCACAGAACAAAAUCUAAAUGAAGCUUUACUAAGAAAAAAAUGCGAAAGAAUGGUCAAGGCCACUGAAGUUUUGUUAACUCUGUGUGGAGAUGAUACUCUAAAAAUGCAUGUUGCAAAAAUUCUGACUACUGUCAAAUGUACCACUCUGAUAGAACAACAAUUUACAUAUGGCAAGAUUGAUCUGGGGUUUGGAACAAAGGUAGCAGAUUCUGAUUUGUGCAAACUUGCUGCUGAUGUAGUUUUGAAAACUCUUGAUUUGAUGAACAAGCUUAAACCAUUGGUUCCUGGCAUGGAAGUAAGCUUCUACAAAAUCCUGCAGGAUCCACGCCUGAUUACACCCUUGGCUUUUGCUUUAACAUCAGAUAAUAGAGAACAAGUACAGUGUGGAUUGGGAAUACUAUUGGAAGCUGCUCCACUGCCAGAUUUUCCUGCCUUAGUACUUGGAGAAAGCAUAGCAGCAAACAAUGCCUAUAGACAACAGGAAACAGAACACAUGCCCAGGAGAAUGCCCUUGCAAUCAUUAAAUCACAGUGUUCCAAGAUCGGUAAAAUGUUUAACUCCUCCACUUUUGAAAGCUAGAGUUCCUGGAUUGAACAUUGAGGAAUUAAUAGAGAAACUACAGGCUGGAAUGGUGGUAAAGGAUCAGAUUAAUGAUGUGAGAAUAUCUGACAUAAUGGAUGUAUAUGAAAUGAAACUGUCCACAUUAGCUUCCAAAGAAAGUAGGCUACAAGAUCUUUUGGAAGCAAAAGCUCUAGCCUUGGCCCAGGCUGAUCGGCUGAUUGCUCAGUACCGCUGCCAAAGAACUCAAGCUGAGACCGAGGCACGGACACUUGCUGGUAUGUUGAGAGAAGUUGAGAGAAAAAAUGAAGAGCUUGGUGUGUUGCUGAAGGCACAACAGGUUGAAUCAGAAAGAGCCCAGAGUGAUAUUGAGCAUCUCUUCCAACAUAAUAGAAAAUUAGAGUCUGUGGCUGAAGAACAUGAAAUACUCACAAAAUCCUACAUGGAACUUGUUCAGAGGAAUGAAACCACCGAAAAGAAGAAUAAAGAUUUACAGAUCACAUGUGAUUCUCUAAAUAAACAAAUUGAGACAGUGAAAAAGUUGAAUGAGUCAUUCAAGCAACAAAAUGAAAAGACUAUUGCCCAAUUAAUAGAGAAAGAAGAACAGAGAAAAGAAGUACAGAACCAACUAGUAGACAGAGAAUGUAAGCUAGCAAAUAUGCAACAAAAAACAAAAGUACAAGAAGAAAAGAUUAAAGUUUUGCAAAAAGAAAGGGAAGAUAAGGAAGAAACCAUUGAUAUCCUUAGAAAAGAAUUAAACAGAACAGAACAGAUAAGAAAAGAAUUGAGCAUUAAGGCUUCCUCCCUAGAGGUUCAAAAGGCCCAAUUAGAAGGUCGUUUGGAAGAGAAGGAGUCGCUGGUGAAACUUCAGCAAGAGGAGUUGAACAAACACUCUCAUAUGAUCGCAAUGAUCCACAGUUUAAGUGGUGGGAAAAUAAGUCCAGAAACUGUGAAUCUCAGCAUAUAGAAGUUAUGUAUUUAUCUUCCUGGGGAGGUGUGGUAGAGAAGGUAAUUUGUGACCCCAGAACAGUAGUAGAUUAUUGUCUAAUUAUUAAUUUAGUAAAGAACGUGAUCUGAUAAAUAUUUUUAUUUGGUCUUAAAAGUUUUACUUUCUGUUUCUGGCUUUUAUUGCUUAAAGCUAUCUUUCAUUCUUAUAUUAGAAUAUUUUUCUUGACCUCCAUUAUUGUUUUUGUAAAGUUUUUCCAUUUUCCUUCUGAUUUUUAAUUUAUUCUCAUUUGUAAUUAGAUUUUAAAUCAAACUUUCUUGAUUUAACAAUCCUAAAGAUUAAUAAAUUGAAAAUACAAUUACUAGUAUAAAAAGAGAAGGCAUGUUAUUGCCAGGGAAAUUUUUUUCUAAAUAGCACAAAAGAAAAUUCAGUGAAUUUAAAAUAAUUUUGUUACUGCAUUUAAAAUACAGUAUGAUAUAUGGUAUUAGUUCUAAAUUUGAAAAAAAUAUAAUGAAUAGUUACAAAAAUAAUGUAUGAAAAUUAGAAAAUAUCUGAUGUGUUAAAUGAAUACAUUGUCACAUAAAAAACACUAUAGUUUGUACAAUUAUGAAUAGCCUUAAUUUUUAAUCUUUUUAAAAUGUACUAUGUUGGUAUACCCAUAUCAUUUCCAAUCAAUUAUGAAUUUCUUUUGAUUUACAUAAGGAUAACUUGGAUUCCACCCUUGCUACAUAUUCAGAAAUCUGUUAUUUGUUGUUGAUUCUAAUGUCAGUUGCAUUUAAUAUAUUGCCUUUCAUUGAAAUAGUUUUUAAUUUGGCCAUUUAAUUUUAAGGCAUAGUUUAAAUAUCCUUAUACAUUUAUUUCUUUAAUACAAAGGGAUUUUUUCAGUACUCUUCAUUUGAAUCAAAUGUUCUAAGUGGUGUUUAAAACAGAAGAGUUUUUAUAUCGGUAUUUUGGUUGAUUUUUAUUGCUACUUUUUAUAACCAUUAAUUUUGCUUAGUGUUUUCUUCCCUAUUUAUAUCUUCCUGUGACUUAAGUGAACUUAUAUUUACUUCUAUUUUUCAACCAUAAUAUACCUGAAAUUAUCUUUAGAAAUUAAAUAUAUUUUCAUAAUUUGCUAAUUA